CCAGCCAUGGCGGAGAUCGUCGACCCGGCCGCCGCCGCCGCCCUCGCCGCGGCCGAGCCCGAGCCGGAGCCGCUCUCCGCCGCCGCGGCCGCCGCCGCCGCCGCGGAGGACGACGACGACGACGAGGAGGAGGGCGACGUGUGCCGGAUCUGCCGCAACCGCGGCGACGACGAGCACCCGCUCCGCUACCCCUGCGCCUGCAGCGGCAGCAUCAAGUUCGUGCACCAGGACUGCCUCCUCCAGUGGCUCGACCACAGCAACUCCCGCCAGUGCGAGGUCUGUAAGCACGCCUUCUCUUUCUCGCCCGUCUACGCACAGAACGCUCCGACCAGGCUUCCUUUCCAAGAGCUCGUGUUCGGCGUCGGAAUGAAAGCGUGCCACGUGUUCCAGUUCGUCCUCCGGCUGGCCUUCGUUCUCUCGGUCUGGCUCAUGAUCAUCCCCUUCAUCACCUACUGGAUAUGGCGCUUGACGUUUGUCAGAAGUUUUGGUGAAGCGCAAAGGCUGUUCUUGAGCCAUAUCAGCGCCCAGUUGAUCCUCAGCGACUGCCUACAUGGUUUUCUUCUCUCGGCGAUCAUCGUCCUCAUAUUUCUCGGAGCUACCUCUUUGAGAGACUAUAUAAGGCAUUUGAGAGAGCUUGGAGGGCAUGAAGCUGACAGGGAUGACGCGGGCCGUGAAAGGCAUGGUGCUCGAGCUGUCAGAAGGCUAGCUGGUCCUAACAACAGGGUUCCUGGUGCUGAUGGAAAUAUUGAUGAAUUGGCAGAGGCCCAAGGAAUCGGUGCUGGGGAACUUCUGAGGAGAAAUGCAGAAAAUGUUGCUGCGCGAUUGGAACGACUAGAGGCUCAAGUUGAGCAGAUGCUAGAUGGUUUGGAUGAUGCUGAUGGUGCGGAGGAUGUUCCUUUUGAUGAACUCGUAGGCAUGCAAGGCCCAGUAUUCCACUUGGUUGAGAAUGCAAUAACAGUUUUGGCCAGCAAUGCUAUAUUCCUCAUUGUUGUGAUCUUCGUACCAUUCUCAUUGGGAAGGAUUGUCCUGUACUAUCUAUCAUGGUUUUUCUCUUCAGCCUCUAGUCCUAUGCUGGCUAAAGUAAUGCCCUUCACAGAAUCUGCCAUCUCUUUGGCUAAUGAAACAUUGAACAGUGCAUUUAAUGCCAUGAAGAACUUCUCUUCCGACAGUCAUAGUGAGGGUGUUAUUGGGCAUGUGAUUGAGGUGGUUACGCAGUCCUUAAAGAUAAAUGCCACUGCUCUUACUGUAAUUCAGGGCACUGGGAAGACAAGUUUGCUAAAAGGAACAUCUAUCGGCUCAUCUUAUCUUUCCGAUCUGACAACUCUUGCUGUUGGAUACAUAUUCAUCUUUUCCCUUGUGUUUUUGUACAUUGGAUCAUUGGCUUUACUUCGAUACGCCAGGGGAGAACGUUUUACUAUUGGAAGACUCUAUGGUAUUGCAGCAAUCCUAGAAGCCAUUCCAUCUCUAUUCAGGCAGUUCUUUUCUGGAAUGAAGCAUCUCAUGACUAUGGUCAAAGUUGCAUUCCUUCUGGUGAUUGAACUCGGAGUAUUCCCCCUCAUGUGCGGUUGGUGGCUUGAUGUCUGCACUCUGAAAAUGUUGGGUACAACAAUUGCUCAAAGAGUCGAAUUCUUUACAUUGUCACCCUUGGCGAGCUCCUCUAUCCAUUGGCUUGUUGGGAUCGUAUAUAUGCUCCAAAUAAGCAUAUUUGUCAGUCUUCUUCGAGGGGUACUGCGGAACGGAGUUCUUUAUUUCUUAAGGGACCCUGCUGAUCCGAAUUACAAUCCUUUUAGGGACUUGAUUGAUGAUCCUGUACAUAAGCAUGCCCGGCGAGUCCUUUUAUCUGUUGCUGUGUAUGGAAGCUUGAUUGUGAUGCUGGUCUUCUUACCUGUCAAACUGGCCAUGCGAGUAGCUCCUUCAACUUUUCCUCUGGACAUCACCAUUUUUGACCCAUUUACCGAGAUUCCAGUUGAUGUGCUUCUGUUCCAAAUAUGCAUACCAUUUGCGAUUGAGCAUUUCAAGCCUCGUGCAACAAUUAAAGCUCUGUUGCAUCAUUGGUUUGCUGUCGUUGGCUGGGCGCUAGGAUUAACUGACUUUUUACUGCCAAAACCUGAAGAAAAUGGUGGGCAAGAGAACUGGAAUGGCAGGGCAGAAAGAAGAGAUAGGGUACACGGUGGGAGGGAAAUGGUAGCCCCACAGCUUGAGCAGCGGAUGAUACAGCAUGACGAUGGCAGGGGUAAUGCUAAUGAAGCUAAUGAUGUUGCUGAAGAAUCUGAUGCAGAUGAUCAGGGAGAUUCAGAGUACAGCUUUGCACUUCGGAUCGUACUCUUGCUUGUAAUGGCGUGGAUGACACUGCUAAUAUUCAAUGCUGGAAUUAUUGUUAUUCCUAUCUCACUUGGCCGUCUGGUUUUUGAGGCUGUUCCCCGCCUGCCAAUCACACAUGGCAUUAAGUGCAAUGAUCUGUUCUCUUUUAGCAUUGGUUGCUAUAUUAUCUGGAGCGCAGCAGCUGGAACACGAUAUGCAAUUGACUACAUUAGAUCACGACGUCUGGCCUUCCUGGUACAACAGAUCUGCAAGUGGUGCUCUAUUGUUUUGAAGAGCUCUGCUCUCCUAUCAAUAUGGAUCUUCAUUAUUCCGGUGCUGAUUGGACUCCUUUUUGAGCUACUGGUGAUUGUUCCCAUGAGGGUGCCUAUUGACGAGAGCCCAGUUUUUCUCUUGUACCAGGAUUGGGCUCUUGGUUUAAUAUUUUUGAAAAUAUGGACUAGACUGGUAAUGCUGGAUCAGAUGGCACCUUUGGUCGAUGAAAGCUGGAGGAUGAAGUUCGAGAGAGUAAGAGAGGAUGGCUUCUCCCGACUGAAAGGUCUCUGGGUCCUGCAUGAGAUUAUCACGCCCAUUGUCACAAAGCUCCUCACCGCGCUUUGUGUCCCAUAUGUGCUCGCGAGGGGCGUCUUCCCAGUGCUUGGCUACCCGCUGAUCGUGAACUCGGCUGUCUACCGCUUUGCCUGGCUCGGCUGCCUGAUAUUCAGCACACUCUUCUUCUGCGGCAAGCGGUUCCACGUCUGGUUCACCAAUCUCCACAACUCCAUCAGGGAUGACCGCUACCUGAUCGGCCGGAGGCUGCACAACUUCGGCGAGGACUCGCCCCGACCGAUCAGCAAUGAAGCUGACGACUCCCGAGCGCCACCAGGAGAUGAGGGCCAGGCGCUGAUCCCUUUGGAGGACCAGGAAGAUGACGUGGGGCUGAGGUUCAGGCGAAACCACCAACAACCGAUGCAGGUUCUCGAUUAGCCAGAGGCAUGGUCAUCAUCUUACCCUGCUGCAGCCUUUUGUUGUGGGUUUUGUGUAACCGGCAGGCAUUGUAGAGUGAUGAGUUGUGUUGUCCACCUUAGAGUAGUAGGGAAGUAUUGUUGUAAAACAUAGCAAGGGAGAGAGGGGGUAAUAAUAAGGUAGAAGGUAUUGAAGCACAAGCUGACGGUGAACUAUGUAUCUGGGGUAGUUGUUGCUGAAUGUGUAUAUAUGUUGACAGAUAGCACUCCAAAGACCACAUGAUUUGGUCUUUUUCUGAUCUGAUGAGUAUGUAGCGCAUACAUACAAUUUGAUAUAAUUCCGAAUUCUGAGCAA